AUGCUCUUUGAUGUACUGGAUAUAUAUAGGGCUAGACUGGAUAUAUAUAUAGGGCUAGACUGGAUAUAUAUAGGGCUAGACUGGAUAUAUAUAGGGCUAGACUGGAUAUAUAUAGGGCUAGACUGGAUAUAUAUAGGGCUAGACUGGAUAUAUAUAGGGCUAGACUGGAUAUAUAUAGGGCUAGACUGGAUAUAUAUAGGGCUAGACUGGAUAUAUAUAGGGCUAGACUGGAUAUAUAUAGGGCUAGACUGGAUAUAUAUAGGGCUAGACUGGAUGGAUAUAUAUAGGACUGGAUAUAUAUAUAUAGGGAUAGACUGGAUAUAUAUAGGGCUAGACUGGAUAUAUAUAGGGCUAGACUGGAUAUAUAUAGGGCUAGACUGGAUAUAUAUAGGGCUAGACUGGAUAUAUAUAGGGCUAGACUGGAUAUAUAUAGGGCUAGACUGGAUAUAUAUAGGGCUAGACUGGAUAUAUAUAUAG